AUGUCAAUAUUCAGCAGACUUGGUUUUGGAGAUAUUGUUUUAUCUCCGUUGUCACCAAGUGCAGCAGAAAAUAAUUCUUUGACUUUGACAUGUACUAACAGCGGAGAUGAAAGUGAUACACUUUUCAUUUGGAAGCGUGUAAUGAGAAAUGAAUCUGCAUAUAAUAUAAUUGGACUUAUAAAUGCAUCAUGUAAUGCUGUCCUACAACCUGUAGACACAAAUGAGUAUGAGUAUGGCUGUCCCAGCAGAAAACAAUACACUUGGACAAUCAAAAAAGUUACCAGAGAAAAUGAAGGAGAUAAAUACCAGUGUACAGUCGAUUCUCCAGGAGCAAACAAUAGUAAUGAGGUGAAAAUUUCUGUUCAAAUUCCAAUAACUAGUGUUGAGUUGAUAACACCAACCAGUUCAAUUGUAACUGUCAUGGAAAAAACAGAAACAGAAUUCAAAUGUAAAACAUCCGGUGGCCUUCCAGAAGCUACUGUCACAUGGUAUAAAAACAAUGGUACAUCUAGCCAACCAGGAGAUGAAGUUGCUAUAUAUGCAUUAAUAAGCUCAUCAUCGGUUACUGUUAAUGGUCUUAAAGAAGUAACAAGUAUAUUAAGAUAUUUAUUGUCACGAAAUGAAAAUGGAUUUACAGUGUACUGCAAAGCAAGUAAUACUGCUGGACAAACACCAAUUAUUUCAACAAGAAAGCCACAGCUGAAUAUUCAGUAUCCACCGGGUUUCCCACAUAUAAUAGAUUUCAUUGAUGGUGUGGAGUAUAGGGUUAUAGAAAACACUCAGGGACAGCUUUCAUGUAAAAUAUCCGGGGGAAACCCGUUACCUACUUUAGCAUGGGACUGUUAUAACAGUGGCACACUUGUGGCAACUAGUGGCGAUACAGUUGCAAACAACCAUACAUGGGUUGCUAAACGUGGAAAAGAUAAAAUAUGUCAUUGCCGUUCUUUUCAUUACAGCGGAUCUAAAUCGGUGUCUAUCAACAUUAAAGUCCUAUAUCCUCCAGUAAUACCCACUUUCAUAAUACAUGGAACAGUUGUAAGUGGAACUAUAUCAGUUAUCAAGAACAAUGGAUUUUCAGUUAAUUGUAGUAGUUCUUCAAAUCCAAUUCCUACAUAUAUAUGGACUUCUUUAGACAUUUACAACAGGUCUGGAUCAACACUUAAUGUAAAUAAUAUACAGGGCGAAAGUAGAUAUACAUGUGAAGUACAGAACACGAUGAAUCCUACAACAGGUGUUAAUGUCACGAGUAGUAACUCCUCAUAUUUUGAUGUACAAAUGCUAUACGCUCCAUCAAUACCAACAUUUAAUUACUGGAAUGCAAACGGACACUCGAUACCAACACGAUCAUUAGAUGUUAUAAAAGACGAUACGUUUAAAGUAGCUUGUAUAUCUGACGGCAAACCGUCGCCAGCAUACUACUGGGAUAAUCAUGGUAACAACAGAAUACUGACAAUAACCAGGAUUGAAAGUGAUAAAACAAGUAGUGUUUGUAAAGCCACAAAUACAAUGAAAGAAACAGUAGGACAAACGUUGACAAGAUCCGCUUCCGCUGUUUUAACAAUAAAUGUUUUAUACCCGCCUUCGGUUAUAACAUUGAUGUAUGAAAACGGACAUAUUUUAACAACAACUCUGAAAGUCAGGGAAGGAACACCAUUCAAAAUUACAUGCAGUAGUAACAGCAAUCCGCCUUCUUUCUACAACUGGACGGGGACAGUCUCUUCAACGUCUGCUGUAUUGAAUGUGAACAAAGCUAUGAAGUCGCACGCCGGAACAUCUACGUGUAAUGUAGAAAAUGUAAUGUUGAGGACAUUUGCCAAUCCUGAAAUACAGAAAACAGUUAGAAUCAGUAAACGCUUGGACCUUACAAUUUUAUACCCCCCUAGGAUAGGAGAUUUAAGUAAUAUAAGUGUUGUUGAAGAUUCUCCGUUGAACGUUUUGUGUCCUGUCACUGUUGGUAAUCCUCCACAGACUACAUUUGAAUGGUUACGAGAAGGACGGGUGUGGACAACAACUCAACAACUAACAAUAGAUGCGGUAUCUAGGUCUGAUGCAAUGUUCUAUACUUGUAAAGUAACUAAUACAAUGCAAGCAACCGGAGAGAAGGCUGUUUCCUUUGAUGUAACAAACUCAUUUUAUCUCAAUGUAUGGUAUAGUGCAAAAGUACAGAAUUUUUAUAUUUAUGGAAACGAAGGGAAAUCUUAUGUUGUCAAAAAUGAGCACGACAGAGUUGUGUUUAUAUGUGUGGUCGAUAGCAACCCUGGAUCUAAUAUGUCUUUGACAUACUCUAGGGAAGUCUUAGAGACGAAAAAUAACGUAAAACAAUUAACACAUGUUGUUGGUUCAACAAAAUGCACUAUGAAUGGAGAAUAUAAAUGUAUUGGAUACAAUCAGUACAAUAAUGAAUUUUCUCAUCAGACUAUUGACCUGUUUAUCAAUUGUUCUCCACGCCCAUCGCCUUUUGUUAUUCUGAGGGACACCGUUAGCAGUGCACAGCAUAUUCCCGCUGUCUUAACGUUUACUACACUGGCUUAUCCGGAAACUGCGUUAGAAUUUAAAUGGUAUAGAUGGUAUAAAAAUGUGUGGCAGCAAGUUUCAAACAGUAAAGAAUUUCAAAUAGAUACAUUGAAUCUACAGACAAAUCUAACGAUCAAAUAUGUUAACAGGACAUAUUAUGGAGCAUAUCAACUUCAAGUUAGAAACUCUAUUGGAAGUUACACACAGCUGUUUUACCUUAGAUCAGAAGAUAUACCAGAGAGUCCGCGAGACUUUCGGCAUUUAUGUGAACAACUGGGAGAAACAUCAAUUACAGUACAAUGGAUACCAGGUUUGGAUAAUGGUCCGCGUCAGACAUUUGUACUACGAUACAGAAAAGGCUUAGACAAAAAUUGGAGAGAAAUAGAAAUUUCUGAUGAAGGACAGGAUAUAAUGAACUAUACAGUUAGUUCACUAAUCAGUGGAACUCAAUAUGAAGUAGUUUUAUAUGCAAGAAACAAGGUCGGAACUUCAAGUCAAUCUAAUGUUUUGAGGAUCAAGACAGAAAGAUCAUCAGAGUGUGAAAUUAAUAGUCGUUUAAAUGAAAGCACAUUGGCAAUUGUCGUUGGAUGUGUCCUCGGAAUCGUCAUCAUUUUAUUAGCAUGUUACGCAGGUUAUAUCACCCUAUUGCUGAAGAGAAAAAUUGAUGGGAACGUUCAAAAUGAAGUACAAUUGGCGAUAAGAAAUGGUGCCCCAAUGUAUGCUAAUAUAUCAAAUUUAGCAAUUGAAGGUCGUGAACAAGACUUGGCAGAUAUGCCAAAUUCCAUGCCUCCAAGAUUAAACUCUGAUGAUGUCACUGAGUACAUGACACUUGAUGAACAGUUAAGGGAGAACAUCGAGACAUAUAACAAUAUAAAUGUUAACGGUUAGCAGCUGUGAAAUUAGAAUGACUGGAAGUAAAAAAGAAUUGCAGACAGUAUAUACUUAUUGAUGUAGGAAUACGAAUCAAAUAAUAUCCGUAUUUCAAUAAAAAAACGUUAGGACGCAUAUGUAUAUCAAACGUAAUCACAUGCCGGAUUGAAUUUUAAAAGGGAAACAUUUGAAAUUCUACAACCACAAGACUGAUAGCUUAGAUAUAAGUGUAUCAUUAUAUAAAUAGUCUCUAAAUGCAGUCUGUGUACUUUGUAAUGAUUUCAAAAAUAUAUUGUGCGUUCUACAAAUCAUCAACAUUGUGCUUUAUAACGAAUUAUAUCGGGUUACUUCCUUUAAGUAUUACACAGACUUAUUUCAUAUAAGUCGGCCAUUUUAAGCAUGAAAAGUAAAUAUUUCUUCAACUGCCUUACUUCUUUUUUAAAGACAUAUUAGACUGAAACAAGUCUACCUGCGGUUGUGACAAAAGUAAAGAAGAAACGCUUUAUUUGUAAUAGUCGCACAAUGUGAAAAUAAGGCAGAAAAAAAUCAUCUUAUACAUUGAUAAUUUUAAGAAUAUCUCGUAUGAACAAAUACAACCUUAGUUGAUGUUGCAUUCAUUCAUAAGAAAUAGUGGGGUUUUGCGACAUGUGGGAAUCUUAUUACUUUUAUCAUUUCUUAUGUCAUUUAUGUAGAUCAUUUUGUGCGAAUGCAUAUUGCUAUCCUUUUUUAUGUACAACAUGGAGCAAUCUAUAUAUAUGUUUCGUAUCAUGUUCUAGAAAAUACAGCGUAACCAUGACAUAUGUUCUAUGUUUAUAACACGUAUCAUUUUACUUUUAUUAAAACAUAAAUUAAAGAAUAUCGCAAAAAAUAGCAAAACAAAAUAUAUGCAUUAAGAAUUAUAAGCAUAGAAAUAGAUUUCACGAUAAAAUA